CCACGUGGAAUGUCUGGUAGUGUCGUCGUUGUCUUUGUCCGUUGACACAGCCAAGCUCAAGUUCCAAUUCUUGACACUCCAAUAACAGCAAUACUAUGAACCCUUUGCCAUCAAACAAAUAAUUCACGGCUUAGCUUUGGAGAACAAUAUAAAGAUUCUCAACUUUUUCUGAAAAAGAAAAUUCAGUCAAAAUAUAUAAAUUUAUAGCGUAAGUACUGAAGACAAUUCAAGAAAUCAUUUACAUCGUUUGUGUACAUAUCAAGAAACAAAAAGAAAUUUGAUGGAGCGGUAUGAGAUACAGAGAGAUCUUGGGUCAGGAAAUUUCAGUGUUGCUAAGCUUGUGAGAGAUAGAUUGAGUGGUCAACUUUAUGCUGUCAAGUAUAUUGAACGAGACCUCAAGAUUGAUGAGCAUGUUCAGAGAGAAAUUAUGAAUCAUAGGUCGCUCAAGCAUCCCAACAUAAUCAGAUUCAAAGAGGUAUUUCUGACACCAACUCAUUUAGCUAUAGUUAUGGAAUAUGCAGCUGGAGGUGAACUUUUUGAGAGAAUAUGUAAUGCUGGUAAAUUCAGUGAAGACGAGGCGAGAUUUUUCUUCCAGCAACUCAUAUCAGGAGUCAGUUAUUGCCAUUCUAUGCAAAUUUGCCAUAGAGAUUUGAAACUGGAAAACACACUGCUAGAUGGAAGCUCCGCCCCGCGCCUGAAGAUAUGCGAUUUUGGCUAUUCCAAGUCUUCCGUAUUGCAUUCUCAACCAAAGUCUACAGUCGGAACUCCUGCCUACAUUGCACCCGAGGUUUUGUCGAAAAAAGAAUAUGAUGGCAAGAUUGCAGAUGUUUGGUCCUGUGGGGUUACUUUGUAUGUGAUGCUGGUUGGUGCUUAUCCUUUCGAAGAUCCUGAAGAUCCAAGAAACUUCAGAAAAACAAUUCAGAGGAUUCUGAGUGUUCAUUACUCGAUUCCAGACUACGUUCGAGUUUCCACGGAAUGCAGACAUCUUCUAUCUCGGAUUUUUGUAGCGAAUCCUGAAAAGAGAAUAACCAUACCAGAAAUCAAAAAGCACCCAUGGUUUUUAAAGAAUUUGAGUGAGGAAUCCAUGGAAGAAGAUGAAAAAAAUGGAAAUGAAGAAGAAUCACAAAGCAUUGAAGAAAUAAUAGAGAUAAUAAAAGAAGCAAGAAAACCAGGAGAUGGGCAUAAAUUAAUGAUGGAAGCAAACAUGGAUCUUGAUGAUAUUGAUGAUGCUGAUAUAGAUGAUGAUGACUUUGAGACAGACGGUGAUUUUGUUUGUGCGUUGUGAAUGCAAAAUUUCAUGCUGAUUUUGCUUAGGACUAAAGUUUGUGUAUAAAGGAUAAUUUAUUAAUGUAUGUUAUUUUGCUUCUUAUAAUAGUUUUCAAAAUCCUGCUUCAGGAUUCUGAGAUA